AUGUUCUUCCCUCUGCCUGAAGGAGACGCUUUGUUGGGACUAGAAACCUUAUCGGGUCUGGUCUCUAUACACCUGGUCUCUGGCCACACUGGACCUGGUCUCUAUGGCCACACUGGACCUGGUCUCUAUGGGCACACUGGGCCUGGUCUCUAUGGCCACACUGGGCCUGGUCACUAUGGCCACACUGGACCUGGUCUCUAUGGCCACACUGGACCUGGUCUCUAUGGGCACACUGGGCCUGGUCUCUAUGGGCACACUGGGCCUGGUCUCUAUGGCCACACUGGGCCUGGUCUCUAUGGCCACACUGGACCUGGUCUCUAUGGCCACACUGGGCCUGGUCUCUAUGGGCACACUGGACCUGGUCUCUAUGGGCACACUGGACCUGGUCUCUAUGGGCACACUGGACCUGGUCUCUAUGGGCACACUGGACCUGGUCUCUAUGGCCACACUGGACCUGGUCUCUAUGGCCACACUGGACCUGGUCUCUAUGGGCACACUGGGCCUGGUCUCUGGCCACACUGGACCUGGUCUCUAUGGCCACACUGGACCUGGUCUCUGGCCACACUGGACCUGGUCUCUAUGGCCACACUGGGCCUGGUCUCUAUGGCCACACUGGACUUGGUCUCUAUGACCACACUGGACCUGGUUUCUAUGGGCACACUGGACCUGGUCUCUAUGGCCACACUAGACCUGGUCUCUAUGGCCACACUAGACCUGGUCUAUAUGGCCACACUGGACCUGGUCUCUAUGGCCACAGUGGAGCUGGUCUCUAUGGCCACACUGGACUUGGUCUCUAUGACCACACUGGACCUGGUUUCUAUGACCACACUGGACCUGGUUUCUAUGGGCACACUGGACCUGGUCUCUAUGGCCACACUAGACCUGGUCUCUAUGGCCACAGUGGACCUGGUCUCUGGCCACAGUGGAGCUGGUCUCUGGCCACACUAG